UGUCACAAGUGGAAAUUCACACUAAGAGGAUUAUUACAGCUUCCUGUCGGUCUCCUAAAGAAUUUCCAGUUAGCAUGAACGCUUUGCGAAUUUAUGUCCCUCUCAGCUCGUAUUCUAGAAGCUGAAAGUGUGAGAAAUUAAUCGCGACCGUCCAGGAUGAUCUGUGGCUGCUGUUACCUGUCGGGAGCGCGCGAGAGUCCGUUACCGGGCGCGCAUCUGCAAAGGGCGGAUUCCUGACCGGCUCGACCCUUUGCCAGGUGGUUCCUGACAUGAAGACGAGACCUGCAGGGAUCGGCAAGGUCAACGCAGACUGGAUGGGUUCUCUGCCCUCCCAGCUCAGGGCUAUGCCGCUCAAACACCUCGCGGUGCCAGGCUCCCAUGAUUCUUUCACCUUUUGGGUGGAUGUGCACGCGCCAGUGGGUCCAGAUCAGAAGGCUUAUGUCAAGUACCUGGCCACCAUGUUCAGUGUCUUAGCCAAAAAAGUCAUGGUGAAGUGGUCAAUGACACAGAACUUGACAUUUAGGGAGCAGCUGGAUGCAGGAAUCCGCUACUUUGAUCUCAGAGUAUCCUCUAAACCGGGCGAAGUUGGAAAUGAGAUCUAUUUCAUUCAUGGUCUUUUUGGGCACAAGGUGAGAGAUGGCCUGCUAGAAAUCAACUCCUUCCUCAGCAGACACAAGAAAGAGGUAGUGUUUUUGGACUUCAAUCAUUACUAUGCGAUGGAGGAAGAUCACCACAUGUACCUCCUCAGCAUGCUCCAGGAUGUGUUUGGGAGUAAGCUGUGCAACAACUGCAUGGUCGAGAACGUCACUCUGGAGUACCUCUGGGAGAAGAAGUACCAGGUUAUUGUGUUUUACCAUCACCCUUUAGCAGAGGACAUCCCCGUCAUGUGGCCUGGCUCUAAGAUCCCUGCUCCAUGGGCCAACACCACAGAGCCCAACAAGCUCAUACAGUUUCUUGAAACUACAUUGAAGGAAAGAGCUAAGAAGGGAUCGUUUCAUGUCACCCAGGCCAUCCUCACUCCCAGAGUCAACACUGUGGCUCUGGGCUUUUUCUGGGGGCUGCGUAACUACCUGGUGGAAAGAAAUCUGCCGUUCAUCAUGUCUUGGGUCGAGACUCAAAGGCCAGGGGUCGACGGGGUCAACAUCAUCACCUCGGACUUUGUGGAUCUCACUGACUUUGCUAACAUCGUCAUUAAACUCAACAAUCUGCUGCUGUGUGAACACAACCACAAACCCAGAUGACACAUGUUUUAUUAAGUCUGAUGCCACCAUGUUUGAUUUACACUUUUUUCUCUUUAUGUAGGAUUUUCAAAUUGUUCACAAGCAACACUUCUGCACUCAAACUUUCAAAAUAAGAGCUCCCUGGGGGUCCUUCGGGAUUAAAAAGCUGGAUGUUUCUGAAACUCAUUAAAACUUAAUUAAAAAUAGGAACAUUUUAAAAAGACUUUUACCAAAAUAUUUGAGUUUUCAAUUCAAGUUUAUUUAGAUAGCGCCAAAUCACGACAAGAGUCAUCUCAAGGAACUUCACAUAGUAAACAUUCCAAUACAGGUCAGUUCAUUAAGCCGAUCAGAAAAAGUUCCCUGUAUAAGGAACCCAGCAGGUUGCAUCAAGUCACUGACGAGUGUGAGUGUCUUUGCAGCAAUCCUCAUACUAAGCAGGCAUUUAGCGACAGUGGAGAGGAAAACUCCCUUUUAACAGGAAGAACCCUCCAGAGGAUCCUGGCUCUGUAUAAGCAGCCAUCAACCACGACUCACUGGGGAUGGAGUCUGUAUAAUCAGACCAAAAACCUUUUAUUUCUUACUUAAAAACUUGCUAGAGGGAGCAUAAAUCAGCUGUAGCAUCACAUUACUCCUAGGAGAAAGCAAACUUACUUCUUCUUCCGGCUCUUGGAGAGUUCAGACGCUUUUUUCCUCCUCUCCUCCCUAUCUUAUCCCAAGGCUCUUUGUCUGUCUUUGGGUGGACGGAGCUUCUGCAUUUUUUUCUGGAAACUGGAAAUUAUUAAAAUGGACCUUGUCAGUUGGUCUCUCAACGCGAUUGACAAAAUAUUUUCAAAGAUGAGAACGGGAGAAGGGGCUCCCGGAUGCCCCUCUGGGACAGAUCCAGAUCCAGUUUGAUGACCUCGCCAGGCUGAAGUCCACCAAU